AUGGCUACUGUCUGCACUAGCCGAUCGCGACUGCGUAACGACCGCUGGUCCCUCUUCCUUCGCCAGAAGCAUCUCCAGGACCAGCUCCGGAGGCUCAAAAAUGAUUUCAAAAAUUGCCACUGCUCAUAUGGAUGCCUAGGAGGUGCACAGAGCCAUGUCCCGGUGGCUCCUACAGCCAUACCCGCCCAGACGCAGCCCUUGCACGGCCCGUAUGUGGCUGCGGAUAGUGCAUUGCCUCGCACACGUGCCAGACCACAAGAGCGGAGACAUCCCAGCACUGUGGUCAUAGCUGAGGCACGAGGGACAUCAGACAUACUGCUUCACCGCAGCAGAACCAGAGCUACACUACGCAUGUCGCUGCAGGUCUACAUAGACCCGACGCCCACGGGAAGGACGGGUUACUUCGGGGAAAUGUUCCUCACACGCCCGGGGCAGGAAGAGCAAUUCAUAGGCUUUAUUCACGCCUGGUGGGUGGACCGAAGUUCGGAUGAUUGGAUAGAUCUAUUGCUGGGCGACUUUGGUGAGCGGUUUAACGACGACGUGCCCUUCUCAGAUAUGCGAAUCUUCUUCAGCAGGCUCUUCGCACGGGGGGACCUAGAUGAGGAGAUCACCGCAGACCAAGAUGGGAUGAUCCUCCCGCGCCCUUCAAUUCAGAGGGGCUUUACCGCACCCUGGGCGAGCCUUCAUGGCAAUACUGACAUCGUCUAUAUACCUAUGAUAUGGUUGGAUGACAACGUCACAGGACAGCGUAUCAUCGACCAAGGCUUCGAUUUGUUUUAUAGGCUAAUGGCGGGCGGGACACUACCAGAACAUACUGUAGUCCUCCUGGAGCCGGGCCUACUGGGACCGGCGUAUCGCAGCCAAUGGGCCUCUUCGGCAAAUCCGGGUGUGACAAUGCCAUUGGACGAGAGGGCGAGGGCUAUAGGACGGGCAUACGAGAGGAACGGAUUCAUGUACUUGGACCAAGGGGACCCGGAUGAAGAAUUAAUGGGUCGCAGGGUCGACCACAGGGACCACCCCGCGGCCCCUGGCGACGUGGCCAUCGCUCCUCCGGACCCGCCUGACACAGACCUCGGGACUCCAUCACCGGAACGAGUUCGGAGUAGUACUGGAACACGGAAAUUAAUAGUAUUUUAA